AUGAUUCUGAAUUCGGGGAAAAAUGCGCAGAUGUUCAAAAACCUGAAAAAUCGACUGGAUAGUGAAGCCGGAAAGCUGAAGCAGUCGGCGCAGCAGUACGGAGAGCAGCUCGCUGCCCAAGUCGGACAAUAUCGACAGGCCAUGGUAUGGUUUUUGCUAAAAAUCACAGUUUUCCAGUGAACAUCUGUUUUUAUCGCCCUCAGAGAAUGUUUGCACCGAAAUUUGCUGAACAUUAUUGCAGAACGAGCCGGGGACGGGAAGUGACUCGUCCGCGACAAUUCCCAAACGAUUUCUAAACACGGUCACCGGAAAUAACGGAGAAAAGAGCGCCGCCGAUACUUCUAUUGUGAGAAUGAAUUAGAUUAUGAAACAUUCCGGAGAACUGCUCGAUUUUAGCUUAUAGAACUUUUAAAAUGCUCAUUUUUUGCAGGAAUCCUCGUCGGCGAUGAUGUCUGAGAUCCCGGAAGCGGACCUGUUAGGCCUGGGCCUGUCCUCCUCGGACCCCGCGCCCACGCAGUCCAUUUCGGGCCGCCGCCCCCGCAGUCCGUCGGCCGAAUCGACGCAUUCGAACGAGAGCACGCUCGCAUCUCUACUCCACUCGAUCCCGAACGCUUUCUCGUCGGCCCUCGAUCUGAUUCCGUCCGAUUCGGAAAGUGUCGCCAGCGAGGCGUUCUCCGUCAGAUCCACCAUUGAUCCCGUUCGUUUUUAAUUGAACUUUUGAACCACUUGCAAUUAUCCGAUCGGACCCGAACUUCGCAGACUUCUUGGACUUGAAUUGAACUGUAUUGGGGCCAAGUUUCAGCCUAAUCGGAUUAUUUAAUGUCGAGAUAUAAUGCUUGAGAGCCGAAAAGCCCGAGCUUUCGGCCAAUUUUCCAUUGAUUCACAUAUCUCGUGACCAGAUGAUCCGAUCGGUCUGAAACUUGGACCCAAUAUACUUCAAUCCAAGUCCAAAAAGCCUGCAAAGUCUGGACUCGAUCGAAUCAUUGCAAGUGGUUUAAAAAAAAUGGAAAUGUUCAAGCAAAGCUUGCAGGCGCACAUCUCACGCCUCAAGCAGCGAUUGACGACGUACAAGGCCAAGUACCGUGAAACAGUACACCGUCACAAUAAGUUGGUCGACGAUAUCAAUACGACGAAGAAGCUUCUCGAGACGACGCAAGACGAAUCGAUUCAGAAAAUCGAGAAAUUGCGCGGAGAAAAACGAAUUUUGGCGGAGAAAUUGCGCGAACAUUCGGAAAAGAAUCCGGCGGAGCUGGAGAAAAAAUGCGAAGACUAUCGGCGAAUGUUGGAGCAGUGCAAGCAGAAAAUUCGAGCGUUGCAGGAGAAAAAGGAGACGUUGAUUGCGGUGGACGAGGAGAAUCCACGUGUCAGAGAGCUCGAGGCGCGCAUUCAGAAAACCGAGGAGGAGUGGACCAAUCGCAUCAAUGAGGUGCCCUUUCGCUACUUUUUUAGUGCAUCACACGCAUUUUCAAUUCAAAUUUCAGAGCGACCAACAACACGCGAUCAAUUUGGCGACAACCAAAGCGGAUAUGCACGCGGCACUGGAAAUUAAGGAUGCUGAGGUGAGACAAUUGUAAUUUUUGAAUAAUAUAAAAAGUUGCAGAUCGAGCAGUGGCGCCGAAAAUGUGGCGUUUUGGAGCAACAAGACGCGGACGCAAAUCAGAGAUGGCACGAAAAAGUGGAGAAAGUGCAGGCGAUGAAUAAGGCGCUCGAGGCGGAGAAGGUACGGGUGAACUUUUAGCGAGUUUCUUGUUGCUCUUUGUUAGUUUUGAUCAUAACGAAAACAUUCACGAAGAGAAUGAAUUAGAUGAAUCGGUAUUUCGCAAAAAUUCGAGGCGUUCGGACCUUUUUGAGAUGGCGGAAUUUAAAGUCUCUGAAACGUUGCAUGCGAGCAUUCGUGGACGACCGGCUACCGUUGGGCCAUGUUUUGGAACCAAAAGCUUUGGAAUUGUACGGUCCAGGUUUUGAGAAAAAUACGAAAGACUUGUUUUGGCCUAGUAAAACGGCGAUGACCGCGGAGGUCAAGGCCUAGAAACCGCCGUGAUUCAGCGAUGUAAAAACUGAAUAAUCGCGUUGUAUUUUUCAAAUUUGAGGAGCGAAAUAUGUUCAAUAUUCAGAACGAAAUGAUCGAAAAGUUGUCGGAGGCGAAGGCGCAAGGAGUGAAAGCGGUGCUGGAAGAGGAGGAGAAAAAGCGAAAAACGGUCGAGACGGAGCUGAACGAGGAGAUUGAACGGCUCAGGGAGGAGACGGAGAAGAUGCGCCUCGAAUUGGCCACUGCUGUUCGUUUUUGACGUUUUAGAUCGAAAUGCUCAAAAAAACUGGAAAAAUUGCAGAAAGUUCAAUUGGAAGCCAAAGAAUCGAGCGAAUUCGAUGAGCAGAGGGAGGAUGUCGAGGCGGUUCGCUUUUUUCUUUGAAUUUUAAAAGAGGCAUCCGUAGAGAAGAUUGAAAAAUGCCGGUCUUGACACAAAAACGUGUUAUUGGUUGGCUCGUUCCUCGAGAACCGCUCCUCCGCCGUAACAAUCGAUAAUUUUGCCCUUUUCUGAAAGCUUCUUCAAUUUUGCAGCUCAAACUCGAGCUGGUCGCUGCUCAAUCGCAAAACGCGGAUUUGGAAGCGAAAAUCGCCGACCACAUUUCGAAUUUCGAUCUUUAUCGAUUGGAAGCCGAAAAGACGUUGGUAGCGGCGAAAGAACAGUUAGUUUUCCGUUACUUUCUUUGAAAAAUCUUGAUUUUUCUGCAUUUUUCCCUCGGGAACUGGUGAUAGAGCAUGUGAACAAUAUUGAAAAGAUUAAGAACAAUCCCUGUGUCUCUAAAAUAUGUUGUAAAUCUAUUCAGCUUGAUAUCAAAAGUUGUGCUGAAAAUCGGAAAAAUAUUAAUCUUUUCCUAUUUGUAUUAUUUUUAGAAAAAUUUUUUUACACAUGUCGGCUGGUCCGAAUGUCCACAAUUUUCUCAAUCAUUUUUUUGUGUGUGCAGCCCCUCAAAAAAUCGCAAAAAAUCGCCGAGUCAGAUUCGAAAAGAAGAUCGGCGAGUGUGACACGUGGCGCGAGAAGUACGAGAAGCGGGCGGCCGCCUCCGAACACAUCGCCACCGUCGAAUUCGAGACGCAGGAGACCGAGACGCACCGUGCUCAAGUGUAUGUGGGGGCAAAUUUCUGGAAAAACUUUAUCGCAAGCCUUAAUGGGUGUGUAAAAGAGUGAGAGUGUGCGAUUUAGAGAGACGCGGACGGUCCCGUGAACCGUCGGCUGCUUUGUAGCCGCCGCGCGCUCCUUGGCUGUUCUGAGACUUCAGAUGCGCUCCGUCGGCAGAAUACUCAUUCAUUUUACUUGAUUCCUUUGGAAUGAGUUCAUUAUGAUUAAAAAUCGCAAAAAUUUCCAGCGGUUCACUGUCACAACAGAAUUUUUUGGAAAUGUGAGGGCUGGUGCUUGCUUUUUGUGUCUCUUUCGUAGUUUUCAUCAUCACAGAUAAAGCCAGGAGAGCGCGCCGCCCCGUCAGGUAUCCAAACAGUCUUUGGCAUUUCGUUAUUAAUCUAACGGCGGCCUAAUAAGAUUGAUAUGACAUCUAACUAGAUUAAUAAAUUGUCUAGCUAGGUUAAUAAAUCUUCUAGCUAGAUUAAUAAGUGCUCAAAUCAAGUUUCACGCCAGCCGCCUGCUGGCUCAAAUCUCGAUUGCGCCAAGAAAAAACAGUCGAAUCUAAUUAGGUCGCGUUUAGAUCAGUAACUUUCUAAUUAGAUUAAUAUCGAAUUGCCAGAGGGUUGGGGAUGCAUUGGGAAGCAUAAACCAGGAUAAAUGAACGGUCCCCAUUCCAUGCAACGCUUCCUUUGGUACUUCGAGACGGGACCACCCGCGUCACAAGCCGUUUGGAUACCAGUGUAUCAAAUGCCGGGCCCUGAUGCUGUUUUGGCAGUGACCACCUGUAGAUUUUUGCCAGUUUCAAUCAUACUAAACACAUUUUUCAAGAAAACGAGCAAGAUGAAUUACUAUCCUUCCGACGGCACGCAUCUAAAGUCUCAGAACGGCCAAGGAGCGCGCGGCGGCUAGAAAGCAGCCGACGGUUCACGGGUCUGUCUGUGUCUCGCUGCAUCCCACACUCUCUCGCUUAUUACAGCGCUCGCCCAGGGUAUUUUUCCGAUUGAUCAAGUCAAAAACCAGCACGAUUCGUAAAUUUGUGUGCCAUUGUUUUUCUGUCAAAAAAAUAUUGCACAAUUAUUGUUUUUAUUUCUUGUAGUUGUGCUGCUGCAUGUGCGUUUUUUUUCCACAAUAACACGUUCUUAGGCUGGUCGAACAGGCGCCUGAAAUCGCCUAUUCGACCAGCCUACACGUUCUUAAUAAUAAGCAAAUUAUCUAUUCGAACAUUAUAUCUUUGCCCAUUUUCCUCCCAAACAGUGGUCCAUGAGAAUCUCAAUUAGUAAUCCAAUAUCUUUUCGCCCCAAAUAAGACAAAUAUCCGUGCGGACGAACGCGAUUUCGCCUUGAUUGCCUCCACAGAGCCUUGCUUUUAGGCACGUCAUUUGAUAUUUCUGCAGAGAAAACGCAUCUUUUCGCAUAGAUUUAUAACAUUUUGGCUACAUUUCGUCGCAGAAACACCGUGUAAAAAAGAAAAAAACAUGGAAUUAGCAGUUGUUUAUGGGAGGCGCCUCCAUUUUCCCGCUCGGAAAAUGUCUCCAAAUUGUUUCUUUUCUCCCUCUCUCUCUCUCUCAUUUUUCCGUCCAUUUCUAGUGAUGAGCAUCUCUUCUCUUCUAUCCAACUCCUCCACUCUUUUGUGAUGCUCUCCGAGCACGUCGCCUACUUUUUCCUACUUUUUUACUCCCUUUUUUUUCUUCAAAAUUCAUAUGAAAGCAUGAGCAUUUCUCUAGAUUACUUCCUCACUAAUUCACUAAUUUUCACCAAUUUAUCCCUAAAUUUCACAGAAAAUUGUUUAAAAAGCCGUGUUUUUGCGAUAAUUUUUCUCGAAUUUUGGGGGGCCAAGCUUCAGAGACCCGGCCGCGACCGCGACCUUUUCCAAUUUAGCACUGAUUUAAUGUGGUGUGCGGUAGAGCGCGGUUACUGUCAAAUUCACGCCAAAUAUCUCGGGACCGGACAAUCCGGGCCGAAAAUGCAUUGAAAAAUCCAACGUUUGCAAAAGUUGCAGAUUCGAAGCCGAAAAGAAGGCGUUGGCUGAAAAAUGUGAAGAAUUGACGGCGAAAUUCGAGAAAGCCGAAAAAGAAAAGGAUGAGAUGGCUGUAAGUGGCGAAAGAGAGAGAGAGAGAGAGAGAGAGGUGUUGCGAGCAGAGUUGAGCGGAAUUCCACCUUCCGCCUUCGGCUCAACUCUGGUUGCGAACGCAGAUUAAUGAGAAGUGUGCGAGCAGUAGAUCAAGUCGGUCACUGAUGGAUUAGAUCGGUGCUGAAUGUCUUCUCCCGUUCACAACCGACCUGAUUUACCUGAAAUCGCGCUGCGCAACAAGACAAACGAUAAUGUGAGAGCAGUAGGCAAAAUGGAAAAGUAAGUAGCCGGGCCUUUUGACCAUUCAUUCGGCAACCCCGUUCUGUCUGUGCGAAUAGAUAAGCGAGCGCAUCGAGAGCCUUCUUUGCAUGUAACCAACUUUUGUGAAUUGCAGCACCAAAUUUCGAGCCUAAAACAAGAGAUGCUCGAGAAAUGCGAUCGUCUUCAGUCGGAAUUGGAAGCGGCGAAGGCGUUGAGCGAGGAGACGCAGAAAAAGUACGAUGACGUGGCAGAGAGAGCCGAACGAAUACAGUCGGAGUUGGCGAGCGAAAAAGAGGCGUUCCAGGUGAUUUAUUCGAUUUUUUCAUAGAAAUUUCGCUAAGUUCGUUAGAAAACAACGAGACUUUCAGCGAGAAAAAACGCAGGAACAAAUGGAUCAAAUGAGCAAAGCAUUGGAAGAAUUGGUAAUUUCUUUUGUUGGAGGUUUUUUAACAAUUUUUUCCCCCCUACAGACUCUGGCUCAAACCACUCUUGAGGAAGUUUCCAAGAAAUUGGAGCAAUCGGAAAAUGAAGCGGUCUCAACUCGCGGAGCUCUUGACGAAUUGGCCACCAAAUUGAAGACGUCGGAGGAGGAAACGGUGAUUUUGAAGAAAUAAACAAUUUUUGAAAAGUAUAAUUGUUCAGGCACUUGCCAAGACGGAUUUGGAGGAGGCCAACCAGAAAUUGCAUAAAUCCGAGGUACUUUUUUUUUUUGGCUGUGUCCGGAAUGACCCGGAAAUGCAAAAUUUUCGUAGUUUUACUCCCAAUCAUACUUGCAAACGGGCCGAUUUCGGGCCUUGACGGGCCGGCUGAUAACUCGCUUCAAAAUGAAAGUCGUGCGUAGAACGACAUAUCAGAUUGUAGAUCUCGAUGAGUUUUGCAAAUGUGACAACAUGCGGGCCGGGAUCUACAAUCUGACAUGUCGAUCUACGCACAACUUUCAUUUUUAAGCCCGUUUGCAAGCAUGCGCCCAAUCAUUAUCAGGCCUGGGCGAGCGCUUCGGUUGGCGUUGAUUGAGAAAUUUCUGACAAUUUGUUAGCGAAAAAACGAGGAGCGAGAGAGGGGCGAUUAGCGCGCGAAAAAGCAAGCCGCAGGUGCGCUAACCGCCUUUCUCUCGUGUCCCCAGAGUUUCUUCGUUGGACAUAUAGGGAAUCGCUCUAGAUUUGGUUGACAUACCGUAAAUACUGUAAUGGAAAGGCACCCCGAAAGUCGUCAACUCAAAGCUGUGUAUCUCGGCUGUCGGUGGUGAUAUCAAAAAGCUGUCAACUGGCAAUUUGCUCAGGAAAACAUUUUGCUCAUUUUAUCAGUUGACGACAUUUCGAUAUCUCUACCGACAGCCCAGGUACGCUGCAUUGAAUAUACGACUUUCGGGUGCCCUUCUAUUACAGUAUUUACGAUAAGAUAGAACACAAAUGUUAAAGAAAUUCUGAAGUUUCCAGACCUCGCUCGCGCAACUGUCCGAACUCGUCGAAUCGCUCAAAACUCAAGUCGCGGAGGCGAAUCAGUCAAAAGAAAAGGCAGUCGAGGUGAUGGAGGGGAAAUUAGUAGAAAUGGACAUCACCCUCAAAGAGACCCAGUACCGAACGGAAAAUAUUCAGGAAGCGGCGACGUCGUUCAAUUUGACGCACGCGCAAGCCGUCGAAAUGCUCAAACAGCAGCUGGAAAAGGCGGAAAAAGAGCUGGAAAAUGAGAGAAAUGUGAAAAACGCGGCGGACGAAAGCGAAGCGAUUGCGGAGCUCAAAAAGCAGUUGGAAGCGGCGGAAAAGGCGGAGAAAGGUGGAAAAGAGGAAAUCGAACGGAUUCAGAACGAGUGGGCGGCCGAAUUGACGAAAAUUCGAAACGUUUCGGAGCAAGAGAAGGCGACGAUCGAGCAACUAUUGAUUGAUUUGGAGAACGCGCGGAAAGGAGAGCUGCAGGCGAAAUUCGACGGCGAAAAAGCGGAAAAAGAGGCGAAUAGGACGAUUAUAGAGCUUCAGGCCGAUGUGCGGAAGGAGAAGGAGCAUUCGCAGCUGGUGGCGUCGCAAAGUGCCGCCGAUUCGAGGAUGUACGAGACGGGCGUCCGAAUUUUGCAGGACGACGCCGAGGAGGCGUGGAAGACGGUGGAGAAGCAGAAGAAGGAGAGAGAGGAGUUCGAGGCCGAGUUCUCGGUAAGUUUUAGUCAAUUUUUCACUAGAAGCCUCCAAAAAAAAAAGAUUUUCAGCUGCAAAUGUCGACUCUGAAACAGGAAUUCGCAAGACUUCAGUUGGAAUUGGACGAGGAGAAGGCGUUGAACGAGGAGUUGCAGAAAAAGUACGAUGAAGUGGCAGAAAGAGCCGGAGAAGAGCAGAAGACGUCGGAAGCGUCGAGCGAGCAAAUUCAGAAGCUUCAGAAGGCGCUGGAAGAGUCGGAAACGAGAAUUUCAGAGCUUCAAAAGGCUCGGGAAGAUUCUGAAGCCGUUCAGAAGACGCAGAAGGAUUCGGAAGUGGAACGCCUUCAAAAUCACACGCGCGAUCUGCAGAAUUCGCUGGAAGAUGCUGAAAUGAAAGUUUCGGAGCUCAACAAUUCGGUGCAAAAUUUCGAAGCCGAAAUGGAGAAAUUGAACGGGAAAUUGAGAAGCUCGACGGCGGAAAGUUCGGGAAAAUUGGAGACGCUCGAAAAGGAAAUUCUAGCGAGAGAACAGAGCGAAAGGGCGCUCACUGAAGAGGUGAUAUUUCGUUAAAGACAUUAUUUUUUCAGACAGACACAAAAAAAGUCGAAGCAAUUGAUAAUUCCUUGGUGUUUUAAGCAAAUUCGUUUUUUUUUUGCAGAUAAACGUGCUGACGGCGAGUCUUUCGGAGGCCCAACUCAAAUUAUCGGCUCUCGAGCAAAAAUCGGCGAAAAUCUCGGAGCUCGAGUCGAAAUUGCUCGAACUUGAGACGGAAAAAGAGGAAAAGGUGGAAGAGGUGAAAGUACAGCUGCAACAGGCGACGCAGAGCUCCAGCUCGGCGGAGCAACUCUCCGAAACGCUCAGAGCCGAAAAUGAGCAGUUGAAGGCGAAAAUUCGAGAGGAGGAAGAGGCAAAAGUGAGCAUUUUCGGGGUGGAAUCCGGUUGGAAGAGAUGGAGAAUUAAUUAUCUCUAACUGCACCACUACAUGUUUUCUAAAUUUCUACUAACUAUCUUACAAAAUGCACACACUUUUGUCCACCUCCGAAUUUUAGAUGCGAUCGGCGGUCGGUGGCGAGCAGAAAGUGCGCGAAUUGAGCGAUUUGAAUGAGAAGAUGAGGGUGGAAUUCAUUGCAAAGGUCUGAGAGAUUUUGAACUUGUUUUGGGGGUGAAUUUGGCAUCGCUUUUGAGCCCAGCAAUCAGAGAAAAAGGUCUGGAGAGCGUGCGUGUGCUUCCACAGUAACCCUCCCGUUUUGCAGUGUGAAAAAUGACUAAACCUGUUUUCUUUUCGAUUUUCCAUAAGAAGAAGCAUAUUUGCAGGAGAAGAUAAUAUCGGAUUUGCGUGCGGAGCUCUCUUCACUCGGCGCCGAGCUCGUCGUCCAAAAAGCGACGGUGGAAAAGACGAAAAUGGAUCUGGACGAGGUGGAGACGAAGGAAAAGAGGGCCGGAGCGGACCGCGAAAACGAGAAAGCCGAGGAGAUGAGAUUGAGGUGGGCGGCGCUUUUUUUAUUGAAUGAAUUGAGAAAAAUCGCGAUAUUUCAGAGAGACAUUCGCGGCGGAGCUGGAGAAUGUCUCAAAAGCGCUCGAGGAGAAGGAGACGGCGUACGCAGAGCUGAAAUCGAAAGCGGAGCGAAAAAUCGCCAAGAUCAAGGUGGAGUUUGAGGAAAAACUGAAGGCGGACGCGGAAAAGCUGGAAAUUUCGCUCAAAAACCAGCAGGAAUCGGCGGAAAAUGGCGAGAAAUCGCUGAGAAGCGUUGAAGAACGACUGAAAACGGCGGAGAAUGCGAAUGAGCGGCUGCGGCAGGAGCACGAAAAAUCGACAGAACACUGGGAGCUGGAGAAGGAAAUGUUGGAGGGAGAGGCCAGGGAAUUGACCGACAAAAUGGAGCAGUUGGAGGUGGAAGUCAAGAGACUACAAGCGGCCAACGAGACGAAGGCCGCCAAAGCGGAUACCGACUCGAGAAAGGCAAGUCUUUGGAUGGCCUUUGGAUCUACUCGCUCGGCCUCCGGCCACGAAUGGUCCGCUAGUGCACAGGGUCUAUGCAGAACUCGAAGUGGGCAAUUUUUCUUCGCGAUCGGUUCAUGAUGCGCAUUUCGUACUCGGCAAACCUCUAUAACUUUUGCGCAGAGCUUACGCAACUCUAGCUGGCAAGUUGCGCAAAAGUUACAGAUGUUUGUCGAGUAGGCCUACGCUCUCAAUAGACCCAUAGCGAAUCACGUAUGCCUUCUUUCUGCUGCGCUCAGCGGACGUUUUAAGUUAAAGAAAAUGAAUUCCAGGUGGUUCGUGAGCUGCAAAAAGAGGUGAAGCAACUGUACAACGAGUUGAACGAGAAAAAUCAGCAGUACGACGCGCUUCAGGACGAGAUGAAUCGAUUGAAAACGGCGGGCGAGAGUGUUCAGAAUGGACGGCUCCAAGUGCAGAAAAAGGAGGAGGAGGAGGACCGGCGCAGCGAAUUCUCGGUACGAUUUUUGUUAUAUUCAAACAAUAAGAUCAAAUUGGGGGAAUAUUAGCGUUUUUUUUUAAUGUUUCAGACAAAACAAAUCAUUUCUAUCACAGGAAAUAGCGUUGUUCUUAAAAAUUCGCUAAGAAUACGAUUAUUUUUGGAAAAGUACGCGAAAAUCUUAUAAGGCCGCCGUUAGAUUAAUAACGAAAUGCCAGAGUUAUGUACCAUAUAACUUUCUGCCCUACCCUCUUUUAGCAUAAUUACCCACCUAUCGCAAUUCUCCCUUUUUUGACAUCUCUAUUACCACGUACUGUCAUAAAGUCGUGAUGAAUAAUAAUAAUAAUAAUAAUAAUAAUAAUAAUAAAGCGUAUUUUUCUCUUUUUGCAGUUCCAAGAAGAGAUUGCAUCGCUGAAACAGAAGCUCAGCGCGUCGUUGAACGAAGCCGACGAGCUGCGGCUCCAAGCGUCCCGUAAAUCGGACAAGGGCGCCGUCCGGAAGACGUCUUCGAUGGAAUUGCACGGAAUUGCCGACCCGGCAGAGGCCGAGUACCUCAAAAAUGUGCUCUAUCGAUACAUGACGAACAGAGAGUCGCUCGGAAAAGAAUCUGUGGUACGUUGGCGAUUUGUCUGAGCUGCAAUUCAUCAAUGCUGCACUGGGUACCAAGAGCCAGGGAAAGUAAAUGGUUCGCAUUCCAUGCAUCAUUUCCUUUGGUACCACGAGUCAGGACAACCCCUCGUCCCAAGCCGUUUGGAUACCUGAUCCGGGUUAGGAAGUGUGUCCGAGUAACCUCCGUUGAUCUCGCUACUAUCCUCAAACUCGUGGCCUCUUGGACGCUCGCAGUCACCCUCAAAAUGAUUUAAAACAUUUCAAAAUUUCAGACACUCGCCCGCGUCAUCGGAACCGUCGCCCGUUUCGACGAUUCGCAAAUGAGGCAAGUGAUUAGCAGUGAGGAGGCGAGACAGGCGAGCUGGGCGGCCGCCGUCGGAGGAACUGUCACUCAGGCACUCAAUCGAUAA